AUGGAGAUAGAGAUGGAGACGGAGAUGGAGGCGUCGGCGAAGCUGUACGAGGCGUACAAUGAGCUGCAUGGUCUGGCUCAGGAGUUCCAGACCCCGUUCGACGCGCCGGCGGUGCUGGUCGUGGGUCACCAAACCGACGGCAAGAGCGCCCUCGUGGAGGCGCUCAUGGGAUUCCAGUUCAACCACGUCGGAGGUGGCACCAAGACCCGCCGCCCCAUUACCCUCCACAUGAAGUACAGGCCCGACUGUGAGCUGCCCCUUUGCCGCCUUGUCUCAGACUCCGACCCCGCCGUUGCCCAGAUCAUGUCCCUCGAAGAGAUUCAGGUGAAUGUACCUACUGUAUCCGCCCACAAUAUGCUCGCUAUUUUGCAGAACUCCUUUUCCCCGAUUUACCUCGAAGCAACUCUCGUUUCUGUGUCUGUGUGCACAUAUUAUUUCUUAAAAUUUAUUCGUUCGUUCCAAUUGGCAUUAAUGCGCACACGGAUGCUCUGGCUCCCAUGACGAAUGAUCGAGUUGCUUCUGACGUUGUCCUGUGGCCUCCUGUUUCCUGCCCGGCGCCAUCAGGCUUACAUUGAAGCCGAAAACAUGAGGCUGGAGAAUGAAGCGUGCCAGUUCAGUGCGAAGGAGAUAAUCAUCAGGAUAGAGUACAAGUACUGCCCGAACCUUACCAUCAUAGAUACUCCGGGGCUCAUAGCUCCUGCUCCAGGCAAGAAGAGUCGAACUUUACAGGUAUCUUGCGACCAGUCGCUGCUUUUUUGUUUUUGCCCACUCUGGUUCUGUAUUACAAUUGAUCUGUAGUAUUGUAGGGCGUGCUUUAAUGGUGGCCGAUUUGUUCUGGACUUACAUCACGGUCAUGUGAGAAUCUUCAGGUGCUCCCACUUUCAUGGGAUGAAAUUUCUCACCCGAGCUCUUGGAUAAAAAUCGAUCUUCUAGCUUGAAGAGAAACAUCUGAAUCAUUAAAUCUUCAGUUUCUCGACUGUGGAUAAAUUAAAAUUUGUCCGAUUUAUUUAAUAAAGAAAUUCGAUUUUCUUAUAUUUCAACAAAACUGACUGCGCCUUCACGCAAGUAUCAAGCGUACAGGGUUGAUGGGUGAUGGUUUCUUAAGAAUAUGUACCAUCUGGCUGAUUAUUUCAUUAAAUAGUGUCCCUUUUAUUCAGAGUCAGGCGCGUGCGGUGGAGGCCCUCGUGCGGGCAAAGAUGCAGCACAAAGAAUUCAUCAUAUUGUGCCUCGAAGAUUCCAGCGAUUGGAGCAAUGCCACCACUCGCAGAGUUGUAAUGCAGGUUGGUGUUCAUCCUCUGCUGUUUAUCCUUGUCACGAGAAACUGUCUGAGCCAUUGUUUAAGACCUUUCUUGUUGGAAUAACUAUGGUACUUCAAACCAUGCAGAUAGAUGUCGAGUUGUCGAGGACUGUCAUAGUCUCCACAAAGCUUGACACGAAGAUUCCACAAUUUGCACGUUCUUCAGACGUGGAGGUUUUCCUUAGGCCCCCCACUUGCACCUUGGAUGGUUGCAUACUGGGUGACUCUCCCUUCUUCACUUCUGUGCCCUCUGGAAGAGUUGGUACUGGGCGUGAUUCUAUUUAUAAAUCAAACGAGGAGUUUAAAAAGGUUAACUUUUACUCCCAUCAUCAGUUUCAUCAAGAACAUUUAUAACCAAUACGUGUGUACAUUGCUUAGCUUGGUACUCUGAUCAAUGCGUAUAGGUCUCUCAACACAAGUAGAAUAUUUGCACAUAGAUAGUCUCAGGGCAUCCUGUUUUCACCUAAGUAACAAGAUUCUUCAUUGAAACCUUUAUGAGCUUUUCUAAAGGUUACCAUUCAGAUCUACAUAUUCUUUCGAUUGCCAACUUUAAUGGUGGUUAUCUUGUCCCAGGAAGAUGCUUGUGUUGUUCUUGGUGCUGACGGAAGAUUAUUUCCUCAUGACAUUGAGAUCUUUUUUGCUUUAUUUUAUAGGCCAUUUCCUCAAGAGAGGUAGAAGAUAUUGCUUCUUUAGAGGAAAAACUAGGGCGGCCUUUGUCAAAGGAAGAAAGAAAUAGAAUCGGUAUUAGUAGCCUUAAGACAUUCUUGGAAGAACUCCUAUUGAAAAGGUAUUUAACUACCCUUCCUCUUAUCUUACUUGUAGCAAUCAGUUUAGUCUCAUAUUUUCUAACGCAAAUGAUUUUCCUGUAAAUUUGAUAAAAAGGUAUAUGGACAAUGUACCCCUCAUAGUUCCCCUUCUCGAAAAGGAGUACCGAAGUGCAACAAGAAAGCUGCAUGAAGUAAAUCAAGAGAUCAGGUAUCUUAGAAUGUAUUCAUGCGAGUAAAGCAAAAAUAAAAAAUAAAAAAUAAAAUAUGAUGACCAUUUGGUGAGUCUAUUCCACUAAUUGGAAAAUAAUUUAAAGUUAAACUAGCCAAUAUUUUUAAUUAUGAAAGUUGACGGUUGAUUCCAAUUUGUGCGCUCAUGUAUGUCGCCCAUGUGUUAAAGUCCAAAGGUUGACAAGCAUGUAAGUGUGGUGUUGGUAUAGCAUCAUAUUAGGAAGAAAAAAAAAAACCCCACUUGGCUGCCUUCUCCCUGAUAGUCAAUUGAUUUCGAGUUGGAUCGUCUAAUAAAUGACAAGGAAUAUGAAUAUAUCUAUAUCUAUGAUCUUGUCUUAAUGUGAUUUGCUAUGUUUUUGUCAUAUAAAUGCAUAAAAUAGGCACCACAUACAUUCUUUUCAUGUGUUCAGACCAGUUCUAAAAAUUCAGACAAUUUCUGCAGCAGUAAAAGGCUAGUAAUUUUUGUUCUUUUUUUCUCAUUUUAUCACCCCUUAAGGUGAGAUUCUGGGCUACUAGCCAAACAUGUUAAUGAAAUUGAUUUACAUCCUCGUAACUUCCUUCCAUUGAUGAAAUGUGACGUAAGCCAUUUCCAACAUGAUAAGGAAAUAUGAAAGCCCUUUGUUUCGUUUCUUCCUUUGGUUUAAUAAGUGUUGUACUCUUUUUUAUGGCAUUUCGAUAUAUUCAGUAAUUUGGACGAGCUGAAGCUGAAGGAGAAGGGCCGUUCUUUCCACGAUGCCUUAUUGACCAAGGUCUUGCUUUCACAAGUAUUUUAUAGCUUUCGAGGGAAUUAAAUAGACAGGGAAAAAAAAUUUGGGGUGCUCUUGCUAUGUUAAUAGAUUGCUAGAAAUAUUUCACCGAGGUAUCUUCUUGUCCAGCUAUCAUUGCUAUUAAAGGGCACAGUGGUGGCGCCUCCUGAUAAAUUUGGUAAGAUGACUUGGGUUUCAUUUGUCAACCAUCUUUAUGGUUUAACGUAAUGACGAGUUCUCCUUUGCUACUUUUUUGCCCUCCCUACUUUGUCAACCGUUGCAUCAUCCAUUCUUGAUAAUUUUUCGUUGCAGGGGAGACAUUACAAGAUGAGAGGUCUAAUGGAGGGGCUUUUACUGGCAGUGAUGGUCUUCAAGUGCCGUGCAAGAUGAUGCCAGUAAGCUGUCAUGGCUUUUGACUUUUGACAUCCUCCCCCGUUUUGUUUCUCAGAAUUUAUAAAGUCGCCAUCAAUGGAUUUACAGAAGUCAACUUUAUUUUAUCUAAAUAUAUCUCGUAGAACUAUGGUGUUCAUGGUGGCAACUAUGAUAAAAUAUCCUAGCAGAAAGUAUUGAAAAUAUCAGCUGACAGAUAUAGUUGUAAUAUCCUCGACAUUUAUUUAUUUCUACUAAUGAAAAAAAUGUGGUCAGAAUGCUGGCAUGCGUCUUUAUGGGGGUGCCCAAUAUCAUAGGGCCAUGGCAGAAUUUCGUCUCGUGGUUGGAAACACAAAGUGCCCUCCAAUCACACGAGAAGAGAUUGUGAACGCAUGUGGAGUCGAAGACAUCCACGAUGGCACAAAUUAUUCAAGGUAAUUAUGUUAGGGUUCUGACGAUCUGGAUCUUUCUAAGAUGUUAUUCAAUUCAUAUGGUCUUAACUUUAAUUUGAUUUUGUCCACACAGAACUGCUUGUGUGAUUGCUGUUGCAAAGGCUCGUGACACAUUUGAGCCAUUCCUUCAUCAGGUGCUGACUAAGACAUCCUUACGACCCAGUCAAACAUUGGAAUCUCCCUUGAGAAUCUCAUUCUGCUUAAAUGUUCUUGCUUGGCACGAUGCGUUGCUAGUGGUCACAGAGCUUCUGGGGUGGCGAUUUGGCUAAUUAUUUAGCUGACAUUGUCCAUAAAGAAAAUGAAAUCCCAUAUAUUACGUUUGCCGCAUUCCCUUUUUUUCUGCAACAGUUGCUGCUAUUCAUUGUUCAUUUUUCGUAUUAGAUUGAUCAUGGCUGCUUCCUUCAUGCAGAUAUUUAAUUUAAUCUUUAUAUAUCAUUGCCAAUUGUCCAGUUCUACUCUUUACGUCAUUAAAGUUUAGGCUUUUGUCGCAGUUGGGGUCCAGGCUAUUGCACAUACUAAAGAGGCUUCUUCCAAUCUCUGUUUACUUACUGCAGGUAAUGGGGUAUGAUGUUGGUCUCUCUCUCUCUCUCUCUCUCUCUCGCUUCUCUCUCGAAUGCAUAUAUUCUUCUACUAGUGUUUUAUCCUCAUGCAACUGGUGCAAACAGAAGGAUGGCGAGUACCUUAGUGGCCACAGUGUGUUCUUGAGGCGUGUGGAGACUGCCUUCAUUAACUUUGCAGAAUCGACUGAACGCACAUGCCGUGAUAAGUAAAUUUCUUAAUCUUAGUCGGUGAAUACAUUGAUUUUACAUGCUCUCUACUGCACACAGCGUAGAUUGUAAUACCAUUCAUGUGGAUUAUUGCUCCUUCCAAUGCUCCAUCAUCUUGUUGUUUGAACCAUAUGAUUGGAUUACAGGUGCAUGGAGGAUUUAAUGAGCACCACCCGUUAUGUAACUUGGUCCAUCCACAAUAAGGUAAGCAUCAUAGGCUUCCUGGAACAUGGUUUGAUGCCACGUUUUAUUUUCUUUUGCUAACCAGCAUUAUCUCUGCAGAAUCGCCCUGGAUUACGACAAUUCCUAGACUCAUUUACCAGCGCUGACCAGACGCAAUCAGUUCAUCAAGAACAGUCACUUGGAUCGGCUGGUAAUGAUAAUAAUAAGCAUGAACAGAGUAAAGCAGAUCCAAAGGUCAACCAUCCUAGCCUUCAAAAUGACUCGAACUCUGGCCUUCAUACGAUGGACACACGGCUGGCUGAUAUCUUGGAUAGCACACUGUGGAACCGAAAGCUUGCACCAUCAUCUGAGAGAAUAGUCUAUGCUUUGGUGCAACAAAUAUUCCACGGCAUCAAAGAGCACUUCUUGGCUUCUUCAGAGCUGAAGGUGGUCUACAUAGUAUUACUUCUGCGCGUUGAUUGUCCUCUAGAUGAAUGACAUUCUGUAAAUAGCGCUUGUUUCUUUCCUUGUUUUGUGCUAUGCAGUUCAACUGCUUUCUCCUCAUGCCCGUGGUCGACAAGUUGCCUGCUAUGCUGAGAGAAGAUUUAGAAUCAGCCUUUGAGGAUGACUUGGACAGUGUAUUCGAUAUCACCCACCUUCGCCACUCUCUGGGCCAACGUAAAAGGGAUUUGGAGAUCGAACUGAAACGGGUAUCCUUCUUUCCACUUAUGAAUCAAAGAUGGCGCAAUCUUAAUAGUUCCUGCCCGACUUACUGACGAGAUUUAAAGCACAAUAUUUAUUCUUCAACUGCUCUUAACUGUUCUUGCCUGUUCGCUUGUGUGAUCUGCCAUGAUAUCUGCAGAUACAGAGACUGAAGGUCAAGUUCAGACAGAUAAAUGACCAGCUGAGUGGUCAUCAGCUUCGAAGAAUGAGGAUCUCUUCCAGUUAG